GUGGGCAGCGGGAGAGGGAACCAAGGAGCUCGGCUUUUAAAUGAACACACACACACACACAAAACCAAAACUUUUAUUUUUUACAGUACAGAACAGCGAUAAAACCGACACAAUGAAUGCGAGGGGGGGAACUGAAGGUCAAACGCGCUUGUAACGAAGAAUAAAUUCAUACAUUCAAGACAAACGACGCCAGUACGUGUUCUUGACCUGACCUACAUAAAGCGAUAAUAAAAAUAUUAUCCUCAUUUGUAUACCUACUAAUUUCCGCCGCAUGCCUUAGUGAAUAUUUUUUCGUACUCUGGCAAAUUGGGGCCUGUUUUCUCCUUUAAUUCAUUAAAUCAAACCUUCAAAAUAUAAUAAUGUGGGCAUAGUUGAAUUAUUUCGGGUAUUUCGCUUGUUAUUCUAUAAGCAGAUGCGUUAAGCGACAGAUAAAAAAAAACUGUGCUUCAAAAAGGCAACAUGACUAUGGAGCUGUGCGUUUAUUUUCUAAAUACAAUAUAUGACAAAAAUAUAUAAUGACUGUAACUGUAAUCGUUUUAAACUGAAACGAUUCUGUUUCCAGUAGACUGGAAAUAGUCAGCGCUAAGAAAAAUCCAACAACCUGGUUAGUCUCCAUAGUGAUAGUCUGCUGUGACCUUGCGUGACCCGAAAAACUAAGGCUGCAUUGUAGGAGUUGUAGUCCCUGGUGUCGAUAACGUUCAUUACCGUGCACGCCUGAGCAGGAUGAAAAGGACUACAUUCGCCAGGGGCACCCGCGAGCUGGCUGCCGGCUUGUCGCGGCUCGGGACCCGAGGAGGAAGAAAUGGCGGACCCCGACAAACUACGAAGUGAUGCCGGCGAGAAACACGGGGAAGUCGGAAAUGGGAGCAAAAAAAGGGAGGCCGCCGCCGGCCCCGUGUCUUUUGGCUUCAGCAAAACCGUCAGCAAGUUCAGAGUUCAGAGCUCCGCCGAAAAAGUGGAGGAGAAAGACUACCUGACCGGUGUAGAAGGAAAGGAGUUAAAGAGCACCAGACCAGCGGAGAAGCCCAAGGAGCUGGUCAUCCCGCUGAUCCACAAGAACCGGUGGUACAAGGGCGAAGGGGCCAGCCGGACGGCCAGCGAGACCUGUCCGCAGCCGCCCAGGGAGGAGGAUGCUGUGGAGUCGCAGGCCGUCAAGGAGCUGAUUGAGGAGUCCCAGCGGCAGCAGGAGUUGUGGAAAAAUGGCGGAGCGGCUGACCUGAACCUGUCCAUCCCGCUGCUGAUGCAGAACAAGGCUCCCGAGGGCUACGAGGACGGAGACAAGAUCCAAGUGGACCUGCGGCCCGAGUCUGAUGAGAUUCUCUGGCGCGGGGAGCACGCGUCUGGACAGGAGGGUGCAGAGAUAGAGAGCUCACCCCACUGCUUGCGCUCGCCCUACUGUUCCACAGAGGCGGACUAUGACAACGUCCCAGUGGAGGCCUAUGGGAUGGCCAUGCUGAAAGGAAUGGGCUGGAAGCAGGGACAAGGAAUCGGCCGGACCUUCAAACAAGAUGUGAAGCCUAUCGAGCACCAGCUGCGCCCCAAGGGCCUGGGGCUGGGGGCAGACCGCUCGGCCAUCAGCGACCUAGACCCCAGCCGCCCCACCCGGCCCCCGAAACCGGGCGAGGAGCGUGCCGACGAGGAGCCGCGGGAGCUGGUGACGGGGGCCUGUGUGCUGGUGGAGACGGGGCCCCACAAGGACCUUUAUGGCAAGGUCGAGGGGGUGGACCCCGACAAUGCACGGGUCAUGGUGAAGCUCGCCAUCGGUGGGAAGACCGUGACAAUCAGCCAGUACUCCCUGCACCUGGUCGGCCGGAAAGAGUACGACAAGUACAGCAGGGACCUCAGCCGCCUUGGCAAAGCCCACAAGGAGAAGGAGAGAGCGGAGGAGGCGGCCAGGCGGAGUAACGGGCAGGACGGCGCCGAGGGCAGGGGCACGGACAGGGAGAGCCGGGAACCGGAGGCCCGCGCGGGCAGGGAGCACGACCGCGGCAAAGACCGGGAGAAGGAGCAGCGCAAGAGGAAGCACCGCGACUCCAGCCGUGACAGAGAGAAGCCCCACCCGCCGCCCCCUGGUGCCCUCUCCUGGCUGCAGAGGGACCUGCGCGUCCGCUUCAUCGACAAGAAGUUCAAGGAAGGGAAAUACUAUAACUCCAAGAUGAUCAUCGAGGACGUCCUGACCCCCGAGUCCUGUGUGUGCCGGACGGACGAGGGCAGGCUGCUGGAGGAUGUGAAGCAGACGAUGCUGGAGACCAUCGUCCCGAAGUCGGAGUCGGACUCCAUCAUGGUGGUGCUGGGGAAACACAGGGGACAGGUGGGCCAUAUUCUCCAGCGGGACAAGGAGAAGUGCAGGGCGCUGGUUCAGCUGGAGAGGUACGAGGAGCAGGUCUUCAAGCUGGACUACGAUGCCAUCUGCCAUUACGUGGGAGGAACGGAUGUGUGACCUUGACAUGACCAACCCCCUGCCCACACUUCCUCCGCCACCUCCUUCGCACCAGGGACCAGCGGGGUAGGGAGAGAGCAGGCAGGGGGGGGCGGAGCUGAGACUCUGCAAGAGUGAACUGACAGCAGACCUGCCAUGUGGAGGAAGACUGGGGUGAGGCAGUGCUCACAGUGUGUUCCCCUGGUGGGUGUGCCGCUGGUGUAAAAGCCAGGCAGGCAGGCUCUGCAGGGAGACAGAGCACAGAUCCUCGUGUACAUAAAGUAGUCCAAGCCGCUCUGGACCUCACUGACUGGCCGGAACUGUUACGUUCACACUCACAGAGCUGAAAACUCUGCCCCAGGCUGCGUCAUCACCUACGAGGGAGACGGAUCACCCCACUGUGGGUGAGCUGCCCGAGUCUCUGGUAACUGACUGCAGGGUUACAUCUGACACUCCCGGAUUGCACCAGAAAGCCCUGGAACGUCGUUGGAGAGCUUACUGUGCAAGAGGACCUCGGGGAAGUGUCAGGUUUCAGGAGGGAUUACAAGGUGGAUAUAAUGUACAGUUUGUUUUUAAAAGUUUUUUUUUUUUAAUGGUAACUUGUGAAAGUACAUGUAUAAUACAUAUAUAAACAAUGUCUUCAAGAAUUAAUCAAGCUUUCUGCGAUUUUCCCUGACUAUUGUGUAAACCCACCUGAGUAGUGGAGUGGGGGGGGGGGGUUUCUAAAACAGGCAAAAGCUAGGAGAAAGAGGAGAGAUGGACAGCACGACCGGCCGGCAACUUUAACAUGGUGUUUUAUUGGAAAUCACGCAGAGCUGUGUUCCAGGGCAGAGUAAGACAGCUGGUAAGGUUUACAGUCACUAUAAGAACUGUGAGAAGAUAACGCCACACUCCUGAACCAAUGAUGGAGCCAGGGCUGCCACCUUCCCCACAGCUGGGCUCUUCACAACCCCAACUACUGAUUGGCUACAGCGGAGGAGCUCUUGGGGUGCUGCUGAUUUAAGGGGACGUGGAAACCCGGGGGCCUGUGGCUCUUCAGAACUGGAGCGGGGCUACGGGUGAUGUAGACACUGUAGAAAAACAAAUUCUCCCUCCUGCUGCAGGAAGAGUCUGGGUGACAGACUGAGCAGCUGUGUACAGGAGAGGACCCAGUGUCUUAACCUAGAUGCAAGUUCUGCCCACAGGACGGGUACAGGAUCUGGGAUCAGAACUGAGCCUCCUUACUCGUGUGUUGUUUUACACCUUCUCUUCAGACUGCAGGUGACCCUCUAGGAAUGCAGAAGAUAUUAACCCUCCUGUAGGCAUUAGUGAUGCAUUUUAUAGAAAAGAUCAGUCUGCAGUUCGUUCUCAGUAAAAGAGGCUCUGUUAAUAUAUUUAUAUAUUACUGGUUGAAGAAAUGGAUUUUGCAGCUCCUGAGUAUCCAGUGUUUUAAAAUAAAAAGUGUAAUGUUUUAAACUUUU